GGCAACGAAAAUCAUUAGGGGGCUGGAACACCUGACGUACAAGGAGAGGUGGAGGGAUUUGAUCUUAUUUAGUCUACAGAAGAGAAGAAUGUGGGAGAGAUAUGAUAGCAACCUUGAAUGGGGGUUCCAAUGGGGAUGGAAAGAGGCUGUUCUCAGUGGUGACAGAUGGCAGAACAAGGAGCAAUGGUCUCAAGUUUCAGUGGGGGAGGUAUAGGUUGCUUAUUUGGAAAAACUGUUUUACAAGGAAAGUGGUGAAGCACUGGAAUGGGUUACCUAGGGAGGUGGUAGAACUUCCAUCCAUAGAGGUUUUUAAGUCGCAGCUCGACAAAUCCCUGGCCAGGAUUAUUUAGUUGGGGUUGGUCCUGCUUUGGGCAGGGGGUUGGACUUGAUGACCUCCUGCGGUGUCUUCCAACCCUAUAAUUCGUUAAUUCUUGGCAAAUGUUUUAAUUUUUAAGCUUCUCAUCUCUCACUUUAUAAUAUUUAAGACUUCUUGAAUCUGAGCAAAAAUAACCUUGCAGUUUGAGAGUUGUUUUUAGCAGUUGCUUUUGCAGAAAACGUUAAGUCUCAAAUUGCAUGGUUCAGUUCCUUUUUUGGUAUUCUCUCUGUUGGAAUUAAAGGCAUGCUAUGUUCCCCAAUGCUGCUAUUCUGUGACCUUGUGGUGGUUGCAUGACUACUUAACCUCCCAAGCCAUUAACUGCAUGAUAGUGAUUGGCUCUAGGAUAGAGAACAAUUUGCUGGAGUACAUCUGUGUAAAGCCUAGUGUUCUAAAUCAGUCAUGUACACAGACUCUCUGAUAGCUCAAGAGACUCAUUACAUUACUGUGUCUUGUACAAGGACAUUGAGUGCUUCUGAACAUCAAUAUGGAAAGAGCUCGCCCAGAGAAGAAGCUACUACAUGGUCAUGAUGAAGAAGCUGUUGUGGAUAUGGGCAAAACUAGCUCUACUAUCAACACAAACUUUGAGAGAGAAGAACUAGAGAGCCACAGAGCUGUGUACAUUGGUGUACAUGUCCCAUUUGGAAAGGAGGGACGUCGACGUCAUAGGCAUCGUGGGCAUAGGCAUCACAGAAGAAGAAAAGAGAGAGAAACUGAUAGAGAAGAUGGUCGAGAAUCUCCAUCGUAUGAUACCCCAUCCCAACGAGUGCAGUUUAUUUUGGGUACUGAAGAUGAUGAUGAAGAACAUAUUCCCCAUGAUCUCUUCACUGAAAUGGAUGAACUGUACUUCAGGGAUGGGGAAGAAUAUGAAUGGAAAGAAACUGCCAGGUGGCUAAAAUUUGAAGAGGAUGUAGAAGAUGGUGGUGAUCGAUGGAGCAAACCUUAUGUGGCAACUCUGUCUCUACACAGUCUCUUUGAACUGAGAAGCUGUAUUCUAAAUGGGACGGUCAUGUUAGACAUGAGAGCAAACACAUUAGAUGAGAUAGCAGAUAUGGUAUUGGACAACAUGAUUGCUUCUGGUCAGCUGGAUGAGUCCAUUAGAGAGCAUGUCAGAGAAGCUCUCCUCAAGAGACACCAUCACCAGAACGAGAAGAAAUUCAGCAGUCGGAUCCCUCUGGUUCGGUCCUUUGCAGAUAUAGGCAAGAAAUAUUCUGACCCUCACUUGCUUGAGCGAAAUGGGGAAGGCCUUUCAGCCUCCCACCACUCUUUGCGAACAGGUCUCUCUGCCUCAAAUAUGUCCCUGAAAGGAGAAAAACGUUUGUCCCUUCUUCUCCAUUACCUUCUUCCUUCUUCAAGAGCUGGAACCCCGGCUGACUCAAGGUGUACAACCCCACUGCCUACCCCUCAAAACACUCCACCCUCCAGUCCUAGCAGCGGCCGCCUGGCAACCACAAGUUCCCAGCCGAGUCAGCUUCAGGGCAAGGAACUGCUAGUGUCUCCUGCCAGUGAUGAUAUUCCCACAGUAAUAAUCCAUCCACCUGAGGAGGACUUAGAAGUUCAGGAAAAGGAAACAGAGGAUAAUAUUGACAUACCAGGUCUUCUAGCAUCUCCACAAUCAGCACCUGGAAAUUUGGAAGUUGCAAAAAGUGGAGAUGUUAAAGGUAAUGGAACAGGAGGAAGCAGAGAAAACAGUACUGUUGAUUUCAGUAAGGUUGAUAUGAACUUCAUGAGGAAAAUUCCCACAGGAGCAGAAGCAUCAAAUGUGUUGAUUGGAGAAGUAGAUUUUUUGGAAAGGCCAAUCAUUGCUUUUGUGAGACUGGCCCCUGCAGUGCUUCUUUCAGGUCUCACAGAGGUUCCUGUUCCUACACGGUUCCUCUUUUUGUUACUGGGUCCAGCUGGCAAGGCACCACAGUAUCACGAAAUUGGAAGAUCAAUAGCAACACUUAUGACUGAUGAUGUUUUCCAUGAUGUUGCUUAUAAAGCUAAAGAUCGUAAUGAUCUGUUAUCAGGAAUUGAUGAAUUUUUAGACCAAGUGACUGUCCUGCCUCCAGGAGAGUGGGAUCCAUCUAUACGCAUUGAGCCACCAAAAAGUGUUCCUUCUCAGGAGAAAAGAAAGAUACCUAAAUUUCCAAAUGGAUCUACUUCUACUGGAGAGACUCUCGAACAGGAGAGCCAUCAUGCUGGACCUGAGCUAAAAAGGACUGGAAGGCUUUUUGGUGGUUUGAUACUUGACAUCAAAAGGAAAGCACCUUUUUUCUUGAGUGACUUCAAGGAUGCAUUAAGCCUGCAGUGCCUGGCCUCGAUUCUUUUCCUAUACUGUGCCUGUAUGUCUCCUGUAAUCACUUUUGGAGGGCUCCUGGGAGAAGCUACACAAGGCAGAAUAAGUGCAAUAGAGUCUCUCUUUGGAGCCUCAUUAACUGGGAUUGCCUAUUCCCUGUUUGCUGGGCAACCUCUUACAAUACUGGGAAGCACCGGACCAGUUCUAGUAUUUGAAAAAAUAUUAUUUAAAUUCUGCAAGGAUUAUGGGCUUUCCUAUCUCUCCUUGCGAACCAGCAUUGGUCUAUGGACUGCAUUUUUAUGCAUAGUAUUAGUAGCAACUGAUGCAAGCAGCCUUGUUUGUUACAUCACUCGAUUUACUGAGGAGGCUUUUGCAGCACUCAUUUGCAUCAUAUUUAUCUAUGAAGCAUUGGAAAAGCUUUUUCAUUUGGGAGAAGUAUAUGCUUUCAAUAUGCAUAGCGACCUGGAUAAAUUGACUUUAUAUUCAUGUGUGUGUUCUGAACCUCAGAACCCUAGCAAUGAAACUUUACAGAUGUGGCGGAAGACCAAUACAUCAGUGGAUACUAUAACAUGGUCUAACCUCACAGUUUCUGACUGCAAAAAGUUUCAUGGUGUAUUUCUUGGAUCAGCUUGUGGCCAUCAUGGGCCAUAUAUUCCAGAUGUUCUAUUUUGGUCUGUGAUACUAUUCUUUACAACCUUUUUCCUGUCCUCUUUUCUCAAACAGUUUAAGACCAAACGUUAUUUUCCUACUAAGGUACGCUCUACAAUCAGUGACUUUGCUGUAUUUCUGACCAUAGUGAUCAUGGUUCUGAUUGAUUGGCUUGUUGGAGUUCCUUCUCCUAAACUACAUGUUCCUGAGAAGUUUGAACCCACUCGAAAAGACAGGGGAUGGCUCAUAGAUCCUCUUGGAGGUAAUCCUUGGUGGACACUACUAGUAGCUGCUAUUCCUGCAUUACUUUGUACAAUUCUCAUUUUCAUGGACCAGCAAAUCACAGCCGUAAUCAUAAACAGAAAGGAGCAUAAGUUGAAGAAAGGCUGUGGCUAUCAUCUUGAUCUGCUCAUGGUUGGUGUUAUGCUGGGGAUAUGUUCCAUAAUGGGCUUACCUUGGUUUGUGGCUGCAACUGUACUGUCUAUAAGUCACGUCAAUAGCCUAAAAGUAGAAUCUGAAUGCUCUGCCCCAGGAGAGCAACCUAAGUUCUUGGGAAUCCGGGAGCAGCGAGUGACGGGGUUAAUGAUAUUUGUUCUGAUGGGCAUGUCUGUGUUCAUGACCUCUGUUUUAAAGUUUAUUCCAAUGCCAGUUUUAUAUGGUGUCUUUCUUUACAUGGGAGUAUCUUCGCUAAGGGGCAUCCAGUUUUUUGACCGUAUAAAAUUGUUUGGAAUGCCUGCCAAACAUCAACCUGAUUUGAUCUACCUACGUUAUGUACCACUCUGGAAGGUUCAUGUCUUCACAGUUGUUCAGCUCACCUGUCUAGUUCUUUUGUGGGUGAUUAAAGCCUCUGCAGCUGCUGUUGUUUUCCCUAUGAUGGUUCUAGCAUUAGUGUUCAUUCGUAAGCUCAUGGACUUGUGUUUCACCAACCGAGAGCUUAGUUGGUUGGAUGACCUUAUGCCAGAAAGUAAGAAGAAAAAAGAAGAUGACAAAAAGAAAAGGGCAAAAGAGGAAGCAGAGCGAAUGCUUCAGACAGUAGACAGUGAAACUGUACGUCUUCCAUAUGAAGGAGGAAAUGUCUUGGAGAUUCCUGUAAAAGCCCUAAAAUACAGCAUUGAUCCCUCAGUUGUAAACAUAUCAGAUGAAAUGGCCAAAACUGCACAAUGGAAGGCUCUUUCCAUGAAUACAGAGAAUGCCAAAGUAACCAGAGCUAACCUGAGCCCUGAGAAACCAGAAAGUGUGAAAAUAAGCAUGGAAGAUUCAUCUGUAAUGAAGUAUGUGGAUGCUGAAACAUCAUUAUAGAAUGAAAUCAAGAGGAAUUAUGAAUGUGUGUUUGUAUAUGUAUAUAUCACUGUAGAAUAUCAUAUCAUUGAAUGAUGAUUUUCAUGUAUCUUUAAGAAGUAUCACGUUUGACUGCAGUUAUUAGCACUGUAGAUACUAUUGUGUAUAAUGAGAUGUUCAUACAAGUAAGAUGAGUGGUAAUCACUCCUCAUAUUUAUUUUAUUGAAAAUUUUAUUUUCUUUUUUUAAAUAGGAAGAUUGAGAUGAAUGCAUAUUCUUUUUGGUAAUCAAUAUGUGCAUAAAUAUCAAAUCAGCUUUUGCUGAUAAUUAUUGGUCCACAUGACUUAGUAUGUUGUAAUACCUCUCUAACUUCUUGUACUACAGAAUUGUGUUUUCACUGCAGCCAAUUUCAUUUGAUAUUAUUUGCGGGGAAAACAUAGAGUGUAUUAGUUUCCAUAGAACAAAUGUUACUGUGCCAUUACUGCAUUUUUAUUUUUAUCCACGAUAUGAUGAUCUUUCCGGACUCUAUCAUUCAUAUUUCAUGGGAUUGGUCUUUCAACCAUAAAUUGUUAUGUGAUGUAGUCCUUAAAAUAUAUAUGUUGUUCAAUGCCCCUUAAAAUUUAUUCUUCAAAUGCUAUUAUAUUACUCAAUAGCAAUACGGGUCCUCUUUAAAUGUAGUUUUAAUCUCAAAUCAGUAUUUGAUAUUUCUGGAAGCUCAAUGUUUAAGUAAUGUAAAAUGGAUCUCUAACAGAAAUAAGUCAGUAUGUAUUUGGUUUGGUUGAUAACUAUUUAUUAAUGCUCAUUACAUUGUAGUCCUGAACUCUUAGAGAGAUUCUCUUCUCUCUGUGCGUGCAUAACUUCUGUUGAGAUUAAUGAAAGACACACAUUCUGAGAGAGGAGAUUGGAGCCUUUUCAGCAUCUCUUGUCCUCCUCAGAAUGUAUUUUUUUCUUGAAUCAGGUUUAAUUCUUUUUUUGCUUUACAAAAUGUUUGACUAACUUAUCAGCAGUUGGUUAUAAUUCUGAAUUAGCUUUAUGACCAGUAUUUUAUGGAUAACAAAUUACUUUGGGUUUUGUGUUUACAGUUAUGAUCCUUUCCAUUGUAAAGGGUAUAUUUGGUAGCAUACUAACCUUGAUUUUAAAAAAAAUUGUUUUAGUUAUUUUAAUUGAUAUGAAUCUUAAUGAUGUAAAACAAAUUUGAGAGUUAAUAUUUGUAUAUUAAAGUAAAUUUGUUUUAUUGGGGCCCUUGGACUUUUAGAUAGUUCACUGAGAAUGAUGUGUUCCAAGUUAUUGUAUUAGCAUCUCUAACCCUUGCAAUGUUUAGUGUGAGCAUUUGAGGAAAUGUAAUUUUAUGUAAAGAUCAAGAUCUUGAUCACAUUCCUGUUGUUUUCACUAUUCAUGUUCUUUGCCUUAUUGUUGAGGUUUUUGUUUUAUUUUCUCAAAUGAUUUAUCUAAGUUUUGACCUGCCAACAUCAUUUGCUAUGCCCAUAAUUAUAUAUUUAAAUACAAACUAUAUAUAUUAAAAAUAGAAAGCGCUAUUUUCAUAAGGACUCUGCUUUGGCUUAACUUCAACAGAUUUAGCAGAGUUAAUAUGUUUUAUGUUUAAUUGUAUGCUUAAGAACUCAUUUAACUUCAAAGGGAGCAGAAUUAAGCCAAGGCAGUGUUUUUGAAAAUCACUCAAAAUGGAGUUGGGUGCUGUCGAGCUCUAAUUUGGGGGUAAGGAUAAUUUUACAAUAAAACUAAAAACCGUAAGUCGGUAUUGGUGGAAAUGAGUGUAAUUAACUUUUUAGUAUAAACUUUACAGUAAAAGGGGAUGGUAAUCUAUGUAAAGUUUAAUCAUGAUAUAGUAAAAUAGUGCUGCUGAAUUUAGGGUGAAAUCUAGAAAAAAAUAUUUUUAUAUAUAACCAACAAUACAAAGCAGUAUGAAUAAUGCUAUGCAAACUGACAUGACAAUAAUAGCUUAAGUCUCAGCAAAAUCAAAUAAGAUCAGCACUAUCAAUUUAACUAAUAUUUAGUCAGGUACAGUAUAUGCAUUCCUUCAUUCCUGGAUAUCGGCAUGGACUGUGUCUUAGCCUAAACAUAUAGGCUAUGUCUAUACUGGCGGGUUGUUGUGCCAGAAGUAUGCAAAUGAGGCUAAGUGUGGAAUAUCACCGAGCCUCA